AUAGCGCAUUCCUGGGAAUGGAUGUAUACGGAUCAGGAGGACCCACCAUACAUCAUGCAGCUGGACUGUGAGACAGAUGGUGGCUCGAAACUGAUGCAACUUGCUAAAUUCGGCUUCUACUUCAUGAACGAAGACAAUCACCGGGUAUGCAAUCAGACAGCAGUGGAUAUAGCUCGGCAACGAAUGGAAGACGGUAAGAUUGAGGUGUCGCGAACCAGGCUCAGCUGGGGUCGCUUGCAGUUCAAAGUUUAUUGGUGGAUUGUGGACUAUAUGCUCAGUACACCAAUCAUUGGGCCACUGAUGAAGCCAUACCUGCCGCUUAUCGGUUUCAUCAUCAUGAUAACUAUCUGA